GACUGGUCUGGACUCUGUUUAGCCAUCACCUUUAGCGCAUUGACGGUGAUGUCGUCUGCUACGUGAUUAAGAACGGAGGAAAGUGAGCUCCUAGAUUUUUCAAAUGCUUUGUGCUAAAAAAAUAGUUGCAUUGCAUCGUAAUAUUUCGAGCUUCAAUUAGAUCGUCCGUUUGAUAAGAAAUUUUCCCAUGCCCUGGUUGUCGUGGCACGCAUGUGAACUCGUUAAUUAUCGACUGAAACCCGCCAUCACGUUCCUACACUGCGUAUUCCUGUGCCUCAGUGCAACCACGUUGUCUGGCUCAUCCGGCAGGAUGGGUAGCAUAUCAGUUCAGCCAAGAACAAUGAGAUCUUGCAGUGCUGAUGGCUGCCAAGAGUGUCCUCCGUCAGCAGUGACAACCACCAGACCUUACUUCAGAACUGCCCUGGCCCGAUCUGUGUAUUCCAAGAUCCUGGUGGACGAAGAGUUCAAGAACUUCGACAGGACCAAGUGGUAUAAGGUGAAUGUUGAAGCUUUGGAGCCGGAGGCCGGCGAGCUGUUCAUCGAGCUGGACUCUGCCGACGCCGAGACGCAGGUGUUUCUGGAACGUUGCCAGCAGCGCUCGGACGCCGUCUUCACUCAACUUUUCCACCUGGUGGCCCGCACGCUUCUCGCCCCUUUCGUCAGCCAAACAUCCAUUAACGGGAUCUUGAGAAGAGGAUCGAUGUUCGUCAUCUCGGACCGACAAUUCCGGAAGCUCUUCCACCUUGCCGAUGAUUACCGAGCCGAACGGAUGUUGGAUCUGGGCGCUGGCGAUGGCGCUACCACCGCUUUGCUGGCCAGCAUGUUUGACUAUGUUCACGUCACGGAAAUGUCGUGGCCAAUGAAGCGCAUUUUGGCCGCUAGAGGCUUCACGAUUGAGGAUGUCGAAGGAUGGAGCCAACGUCCAGAUGGUUACGACGUCAUAUGCGCCCUCAACUUGCUGGAUCGCUGCUCACGUCCGCUCACGCUCCUCGAACAGAUGAAGACCGUCCUCAAACCCAACGGUUUGGUGCUGGUGGCGCUCGCCUGGCCUUUCCGGCCUUACGUCGAGUUCUCCCCUACCGGAGAUCAUCAGCCGGAACAGGUGCUGGACAUUGACGGCCAGAGUUUCGAGGAGCAGGCCGUCAGUAUGAUGCGAAACGUUUUGAAACCGUUGGCUUUUCGGGUCGUCUCUUGGUCACGAUUGCCUUACCUUUGCGAAGGUGAUUUGGAGCGCACCUUCUACCAUUUGAAUGACAUGAUAUUCGCCCUCAAAUUGGAUUGAUUGUUUUUUGGGUUUUUGUGUAAUUGAUGGGAAAGGUGGGCACGUUGAUUAAUUUCUAACUUGUUUCAUCCAUCGUUCAUUCCUAGCAUUCCUCCUAAUCAUUCUGUAAAGGUAAUCUUAGUCCCGCUAGAUGGCAGCAUAACUAAAGGUCAAUAUUCCGGUAACCUACGGUUAUCAAUCAAAAAUCUAGACGAUAAGAAUUCCCUUUUUAAAAAAACAAAAAAACAAAUGAUACUUUUAAUUGAAUAUUCGGAUGUGAGAUAAAUCUCUUGCCAAAAGAAAAAUCUUUAUUUCUUCAAUGACGUAAGCCUGAUUGUAUCGGUAGAAAAGGCCCUUCGAUAAACUAUCAAACAGCUGACAAUCUA